UCUUGAUAAACGUAGGAAUAGUACUGCUGUUUCUGCAACAAAGUUCGCAAGCUGAAAUCAGUGAAUGUGGGAUUGUUCUGAGCAAGGAUGUGGUCGGCACUAAAUGCAUCAACUGCGAGUCCAUGCAGGUCUGCAUUCUCGGCAUGCCAACGUUGGCCUAUAUGAACUGUUCGCAAAAUACAUACUGCAAUGAGGCCUCAACUGGGCCCGGGAAGGCAUACUGUAGCGAUGUGAUGCCACGGGAUUGUGUGGGACCGCCGCCACCUAUUAUAGGAGAUUCACCGCUAGAAGAUGAUUUUUUGCAAAUGACUCCUUCAGAUGCAAUUUCAACGAAUACUACGGAAACACCAUUGACCAACUCCACACUUAAUGAGUCAUCUCCAGUGGAUACUUCUUCAGUAGAACCCAAUACGGUAGCACCAAAUACAACAGAAACAAGCGCGUCCAGUUCAAGUACGGUAUCGCUCGAAACUAAGCCAGUGGACGAUCAUACGAAAGAUUCUACAGGAGCGGAAACUGUAACCGAUGAAUCAUCCUCAGUUGAGCCAAACACGACCGAACCAUCAUCGACAAUAUCAUCACCAGCUGAGAUUUCUACAGCAGAAAUCACGACACCAGCUGAACCAUCAUCAGCUGAUCAAACGUCAGUCGUAUCAACUUCUAUUGCACCGUCAUCUACUGAACCAUCGACCAUAGCUCCAACUUUAUCUGAACUAUCAACGAAUGCGCCAUCAACCGUAGAACCUUCAACUUUUGACCCAUCUUCUACUGAACCAUCAACGAGUGGGCCAUCAACCGUAGAGCCUUCAUCAAUAGCUCCAACUUCAUCUGAACCAUCAACGAGUGAGCCACCAAUCGUAGAAAUUUCGUCUGUUGAUCAAUCUUCUUCCGAACCAUCAACGAGUGAGCCAUCAACCGUAGAACCUUCAACUUUUGACCCAUCCUCUACUGAACCAUCAACGAGUAGUUCAUCAACGAGUGGGCCAUCAACCGUAGAACCUUCGUCUGUUGAUCCAUCUUCUACUGAACCAUCAACGAGUGGGCCACCAACCGUAGAAAUUUCGUCUGUUGAUCAAUCUUCUUCCGAACCAUCAACGAGUGAGCCAUCAACCGUAGAACCUUCAACUUUUGACCCAUCCUCUACUGAACCAUCAACGAGUAGUUCAUCAACGAGUGGGCCAUCAACCGUAGAACCUUCGUCUGUUGAUCCAUCUUCUACUGAACCAUCAACGAGUGGGCCACCAACCGUAGAAAUUUCGUCUGUUGAUCAAUCUUCUUCCGAACCAUCAACGAGUGAGCCAUCAACCGUAGAACCUUCAACUUUUGACCCAUCCUCUACUGAACCAUCAACGAGUAGUUCAUCAACGAGUGGGCCAUCAACCGUAAAACCUUCGUCUGUUGAUCCAUCUUCUACUGAACCAUCAACGAGUGGGCCACCAACCGUAGAAAUUUCGUCUGUUGAUCAAUCUUCUUCCGAACCAUCAACGAGUGAGCCAUCAACCGUAGAACCUUCAACUUUUGACCCAUCCUCUACUGAACCAUCAAUGAGUAGUUCAUCAACGAGUGCGCCAUCUACCAUAGAAUCUUCAUCAGUUGAUCCAUCUUCUACUGAACCAUCAACGAGUGGGCCAUCAACCGUACAACCUUCGUCAAUAGCUCCAACUUCAUCUGACCAAUCAACGAGUGGGCCAUCAACCGUAAAACCCUCGUCUGUUGACCCAUCUUCUACUGAACCAUCAACGAGUGAGCCAUCAACCGUAGAACCUUCGUCAAUAGCUCCAACUUCAUCUGAACCAUCAACGAGUGAGCCACCAACCGAAGAAACUUCGUCUGUGGAUCCAUCUUCUUCCGAACCAUCAACGAGUGAGCCUACAACCGUAGAACCUUCGACUGUUGACCCAUCUUCUACUGAACCAUCAACGAGUAGUUCAUCAACGAGUGGGUCAUCAACCGUAGAACCUUCGUCAGUUGACCCAUCUUCUACUGAACCAUCAACGAGUGAGCCAUCAACCGUAGAACCUUCGACUGUUGACCCAUCUUCUACUGAACCAUCGACGAGUAGUUCAUCAACGAGUGGGUCAUCAACCAUAGAACCUUCGACAAUAGUUCCAACUUCGCCACCAACCGUAGAACCUUCGUCUGUUGAUCCAUCUUCUUCCGAACCAUUAACGAGUGAGCCUACAACCGUAGAACCUUCGUCAGUUGACCCAUCUUCUACUGAACCAUCAACGAGUGAGCCAUCAACCGUAGAACCUUCGACUGUUGAGCCAUCUUCUACUGAACCAUCGACGAGUAGUUCAUCAACGAGUGGGUCAUCAACCAUAGAACCUUCGACAAUAGUUCCAACUUCGCCACCAACCGUAGAACCUUCGUCUGUUGAUCCAUCUUCUUCCGAACCAUUAACGAGUGAGCCUACAACCGUAGAACCUUCGUCAGUUGACCCAUCUUCUACUGAACCAUCAACGAGUGAACCAUCAACCGUUGAACCUUCAACUUUUUACCCAUCUUCUACUGAACCAUCAACGAGUGGGCCAUCAACCGUAGAACCUUCGUCAAUAGCUCCAACUUCAUCUGAACCAUCAACGAGUGAGCCACCCACCGUAGAAACUUCGUCUGUGGAUCCAUCUUCUUCCGAACCAUCAACCGUAGAACCUUCAACUUUUGACCCAUCUUCCACUGAACCAUCAACGAGUAGUUCAUCAACGAGUGGGCCAUCAACCGUAGAACCAUCGUCAGUUGACCUAUCUUCUACUGAACCAUCAACGAGUAGCUCAUCAACAAGUGGGCCAUCAACCGUAGAACCUUCGUCAAUAGCUCCAACUUCAUCUGAACCAUCAACGAGUGAGCCACCAACCGAAGAAACUUCGUCUGUGGAUCCAUCUUCUUCCGAACCAUCAACGAGUGAGCCUACAACCGUAGAACCUUCAACUUUUGACCCAUCUUCUACUGAACCAUCAACGAGUGGGCCAUCAACCGUAGAACCUUCGUCAGUUGAUCCAUCUUCUACUGAACCAUCAACGAGUGAGCCAUCAACGAGUGAGCCAUCAACCGUAGAACCUUCAACUUUUGACCCAUCUUCUACUGAACCAUCAACGAGUAGCUCAUCAACGAGUGGGCCAUCAACCGUAGAACCUUCGUCAAUAGCUCCAACUUCAUCUGAACCAUCAACGAGUGAGCCACCCACCGUAGAAACUUCGUCUGUGGAUCCAUCUUCUUCCGAACCAUCAACGAGUGAGCCAUCAACCGUAGAACCUUCGUCAAUAGCUCCAACUUCAUCUGAACCAUCAACGAGUGAGCCACCAACCGAAGAAACUUCGUCUGUGGAUCCAUCUUCUUCCGAACCAUCAACGAGUGAGCCUACAACCGUAGAACCAUCAACUUUUGACCCAUCUUCUACUGAACCAUCAACGAGUGGGCCAUCAACCGUAGAACCUUCGUCAGUUGACCCAUCUUCUACUGAACCAUCAACGAGUGAGCCAUCAACCGUAGAACCUUCAACUUUUGACCCAUCUUCUACUGAACCAUCAACGAGUGGGCCAUCAACCGUAGAACCUUCGUCAAUAGCUCCAACUUCAUCUGAACCAUCAACGAGUGAGCCACCCACCGUAGAAACUUCGUCUGUGGAUCCAUCUUCUUCCGAACCAUCAACGAGUGAGCCAUCAACCGUAGAACCUUCAACUUUAGACCCAUCUUCCACUGAACCAUCAACGAGUAGUUCAUCAACGAGCGAGCCAUCAACCGUAGAACCUUCGUCAAUAGCUUCAACUCCAUUUGAACCAUCAACGAGUGAGCCACCGACCGUAGAAACUUCGUCUGUGGAUCCAUCUUCUUCCGAACCAUCAACGAGUGAGCCAUCAACCGUAGAACCUUCAACUUUUGACCCAUCUUUUACUGAACCAUCAAUGAGUGGACCAUCAACCGUAGAGCCUGUUGAUCCAUCUUCUACUGAAGCAUCAAUGAGUAGUUCAUCAACGAGUGCGCCAUCAACCAAUGAACCUUCAUCAGCUGAUCCAUCUUCUAUUGAACCAUCAACGAGUGGGCCAUCAACCGUAGAACCUUCGUCAAUAGCUCCAACUUCAUCUGAACCGUCAACGAGUGAGCCACCAACCGUAGAAAAUUCGUCAGUUGACCCAUCUUCUGCUGAACCAUCAACGAGUGAGCCAUCAAUCGUAGAGCCUUCAUCAGUUGAUCCAUCUUCUACUGAACCAUCAAUGAGUAGUUCAUCAACGAGUGCGCCAUCAACCGUAGAACCUUCGUCAGUUGAUCCAUCUUCUACUUUACCAUCAACGAGCGCGCCAUCAACCAUAGAACCUUCGUCUGUUGAUCCAUCUUCUACUGAACCAUCAAUGAGUAGUUCAUCAACGAGUGCGCCAUCAACCGUAGAACUUUCGUCUGUUGAUCCAUCUGCUACUGAACCAUCAACGAGUGGGUCAUCAACUAUAGAAUCUUCUUCUGUUGAUCCAUCGUCUACUGAACUAUCAACUAGUGAACCAUCAACCGUAAAACCUUCGACUGUUGACCCAUCUUCCACUGAACCAUCAACGAGUGGACCAUCAACCGUAGAACCUUCGUCAAUAACUCCAACUUCAUCAGAGCUAUCAACGAGUAAGCCAUCAACCGUAGAAUCGUCAAUUGCUGAACCAUCGUCAAUAGCUCCAUCGUCAACAGAACCAUCCACGAGAAGGCCAUCAACUGUAGAACCAUCGUCAAUAACUCCAACUUCUUCUGAACAAUCAACGAGUGGGCCAUCCUCCGCGAAACCAUCGUCCGUUGAGUCAUCAGACGAAUUUGAUUCAGCUGAACAUUCGUCCGACGAAUCUUCCUCCGGUGAACAUAGUUCCGAUGAACCAACAUCAAUAGAAAUCGUAGCAUCCGUGUCGAAAGCUACAAGUCUGCCCACGAUUGAACCCAUUUCUGUUUUGCCAUCGUCCCCCGUCAAGCCAAGCCAAGUCACUGAUUCGGAUUCCUCGGAAACAGAUUCGAAUGAAUCUGAUAGUGAAGAACCAGGCACAACACCGAAACCAACCCAACUCGUCCUAAGUAUGAGUGCUUCCUCGGAAUCUAACGAAUCCGAUUCGGGCGAAGCAAACUCCCACGAAUCGAAUUCGUCCAAAUCAUCUAACCAUCAUGGUGUUACGAUCCAGUGCACAGGAUGUGGAAUCUAUCCGGAUCCUCGUGAUUGUAGCAAAUACCACUUUUGUUUGGCUAGCGGUAGAUAUUCCGUGGUUAAGAAGUGCCCAUCGAAUCAGGUAUUUGACGAAUCAGCUACCACUUCGGAUGGCGGUAGCUAUUGCAAACGGAAGCAGGAUCGGUCUUCCUGCUUCCAGGUGGACUGUUCCGGAAGGUCGUUGUACAAGCACUAUGGUACGACCAGGAAGUACUACGCGUUAUGUGGACCGUCUGGACAGAGCACGGUUCUUAUGAUGAAAUGUAGCGACGGGGCCAGCUUCAACGGGGUACGAUGUGUGUACAAGUGUCCACGCGAAGGGUUGUUCCCGAACACCGUUGAACCGAGAGAGUAUUAUCGUUGCUACAAAUCUGGAGGAAGACUAGCGUAUACUUCAUUGAAGUGCCCCACCAACAGAAUGUUCGAUGACAACAAAGGCAUGUGUGUCUAGCGAAAAGUAGUGUUGCAUUAACUUCAAUAAACAUUGUGAUUAGAACUAGCAGCAUACCCAUUUUGGUUUGUUUCAUUUGUGAUGUAUAUUUUAGAAACAGUUUAGUUAAGUCAUGAAUUAUGAAUCAUUUAACCAUCUGCUUAACAGGUAGAUUUA